AUGUCGUUUCGUAACUUGAAUACGCAACAUCCUCGCGAAGGGGAUUUUGACCACACCUUGCUAGGAUCGACGCAAGGGCACACAACAGGAUUCCCUGCACCACCGCAAAACCCUAAUUUUUCGGCAGGGGCAAUACCAAGUGUUGCGUCUUCUCAACAUCAUGUUGGCACCAGUGGUCAUCAGUUUAAUGCGGGUGGGUCCUCCGGGUAUAAGAAUCAACAUGGAAUGAUGAACCAGCAUGGUGCCGCGAGCAGAAGCAGUCCUUGGGGAGCUCCUCCAGCAGGAGGUGGAGCAUUUUCCUCUACAACAGGCGGAGCACAUACUAGAGAACAAUACGGGAAUAGCAGUUCUAGCACCGGUUCGCCGGCGCCAUCACAAGCUGGCGCUGAGUCCGACCGAUGCGAACAGAACAUCAAAAGCAUCAUAGAACGUCUUCAGGAAGAGGCCCGACUAGCACUCGAGGAACUGCUAGUGUCAUCCACUAAUAUGCAUGUCCUCUACCAUGGUGAGUAUCGCGAACGCGAUGGUGCGUACCGAGAUUUCCUCAAAAAUUCGAAAGGCCUAGUGGACGACGGCCGAAGUCUUUUUCGCGACUGGCAAGUUUUAUGAAAGGGAAUCUUUCUUUUUGCUGACGGUAAGUUACUAUUUUGUUCUCGUACCUCUACAACUAGAUACUACAACAACUACUAGCCUUGUUGACCUUGACGACCUGUCAAGAAUGGCAUGAUAUGAGGCGAAGGCAAUGGUGUCAGAAAGUCCCUCUGGUGUAGCUUAUUUAUGUUCUUGUAGUUUCAAUCAGAAUUUCAUACUAUCAUCACAUGUUGUUCCACCUUGCUCCUCUGUUCUCCCUGACUUCAUGCUCUGUGCUUGCGGGAGAACGACACCGGAAAAAGCUAGCCUAUGCCAAAUUGGAGCAAGCGUUUGAGAGCGAGGUCAGCAACAUCUCUAGCGUACAGCGUCAAGUGGAGAAUGCUUUAGAUGACUUUGAAGCCAAAAAACAAAGACUCCUAGAUCGCGGCGCAGGAGGUCUGGCAACAGGAGCUGGCGGCUCCUCAGGUCCACACAAAGGGGGAGCAGGAGGAGGUAUGCCUGGUGCAACUGGCGGUGGGAAGGGGAGUCACAACAGUAGUGGGAAAAAUUCUAUGAUGGCGCAGCAUGGAGCCGGAUCAUCAAGUGGUAGUGGAUCUUCUGUUGGACAGGGUGGAUUGAACGGCAGUCGACCAACAGUAAUGGAGCUUUCACCCCGUUCCUAUCGACUCGCACACGAAGACUACUCCUCGUCCCUCCGACACCGCGACGGGGGUGGGCACACUGCCCAGCAGAACAAUCACGAGCUGGAGCUUCUUGGCCCGAACGACCUCGAUUUCUGGGAGCCAUCUGCAGGACAGGGUGGCGCCGGACCUCAUCACCAUAGCGACGUCCACGCCAUGCAGCAGCAAAUGCAGGAAGAGCAAGACGCGCAGAUGGCAGCAAGAGUAGCAUCCGAGCGGCAACAGGGAAUUCAAAGGAUCGUAGGUCAAGUAGGCGAAGUGCAGAAGAUAUUCCAGGAUCUAGCGACUGUAGUACAGAGUCAGGGCGAACAGAUAAUGAACAUCGAACAAUUCACGCAAGGUGCGGCUGAUCACAUUGGAGCAGGGGCAAACGAACUCCGAACUGUCGCAGAGCGCAAGAAAUUAUGGGAUGAGUUUUUAAGUUCUUGUAAUAGCAGAAUGAAUUAGAGCUGUAUACAUUGACGUUUUUAUCCCAAGGCCUGGGUGUCUCCUUGGCAGCUUUCUUUACUACGCACACUGAUUUUUGGUCGCACAUGCAUACUUAAAUUGAAAUGCUUACUUGUAGUACAACUAGUUACCUAUGUACUGUUAUAAAUCACAAAAGCUGGUGGUGCCGCUGCGCCGCUACCAUUAUGUUCUUGAGGAGGACAUCUCACCUCCUUUUCUCCCUUCCCCGUGCCCCAAGGCACCUCUUGUUUCUCCCUUCAUGCUUGCAGCGACAGAACAAGAUGGUUGUAAUGGUAUUGGUUGCAGCCCUUCUUUUCCUCUGUUUCCUUCUGUGGGUAGCAAGUUUUGUCGGAAGUUCCGCACCACCUCACCAGUCUUCGUCCGCAUCACCUGCAUCAGUCGCCGAAAUCGAGGAGAGACAAGCUAUGAGAAAUGCAAAUCGGAGACGUACUUCUAGGUGACCAUAUUAGACCACUCGUUGUUACAAGUACAUGACCAGCAGCACAGACCCGUUGAUGUGACAAGUACAAGAUGACUAGCACAGACGCGUUGAUGUUGCUAGUUUGAGUUUCUAAUUCUAUGUGCAUAUCAUGAGGGGUCUCUUCAACUCGUGUGAGUGGUACUUGUCGUGGCUUUGGUUUUCAAUGUGAAAGAGCUCCUGCCUUUUGACCUGAUCCCCUAGUACUGAUCCCCCCUUUGUCCUGGGAAACAAUACAUAAGUACACUUUUAUACAACUAGGACCCUCCCAAUGGAUCUCCUUCCACUUAUUUUCGCCCAAAACUAGUACAUAUUCGCAUUCUCUGAAUAUUUAUUUACACACGCCCAUAACUUCCAGUAAACCAGCACAGCCACAGCAACCACAGGGCAAACAACGCUUCAGAUAGUUGGUAUCAACGUGUUUCUUCAAGCAAGAGCAUAACUUGAAAUCAAUCUUUGAGUUGGUAACUACAUCAUGAAAGUGAGCAACUUGGUUUCUA